AGAGAGAGGAAGGACAGAAUUGCUUGCUAGUCUGACAAAAACUACAGCAAGAGAAGAGAAAGGGGUGAGAAAUACAGCAGAGAAACCAGCAGUGUUCAACAUGUCAUUUGAGCCCGGAUCGUUACCCCCUCGACCAGAACUGUUUGACUUCCAUGGAGUCUCAAUGACCCACUAUUUCACAGACAACUGGGAGAAUGUUCAAAACUUCCAGGCCAGGCCAGAUGAUAUACUUAUUGCAACAUACCCUAAAGCAGGAACCACAUGGGUCUCCUACAUCCUUGACCUGCUGUAUUUUGGUCAGACAGAGCGUCAGAGAACGGUUCCAAUCUUUGACAGAGUGCCUUUCUUGGAGCUCAUCUUCCCAUCAUUAGGCUCAGGAAAAGACCUGGCAGACAACCUCCCCACCUCUCCUCGACUCAUUAAGACUCAUUUUCCAGUUCAGUUUGUGCCAAAGUCAUUUUGGGAGCAAAACUGCAGGAUGGUCUACGUGGCCCGCAAUGCCAAAGACAACAUGGUGUCUUAUUUUCACUUCGAUUCCAUGAACAUGGUUGAGCCAGAGCCUGGAGACUGGAGCAACUACAUCCACAGAUUCAUGGAGGGAAAGAUGGUGUUUGGAUCCUGGUACGACCAUGUAAGCGGCUGGUGGAAGAAGAAACAGAGUUAUCCAAAACUCCAUUACAUGUUCUACGAAGAUAUGGUCGAGGACACUGGACGGGAAGUAGACAAACUGUGCAGCUUUCUUGGUUUGUCUCGUUCAGACGAGGAGAAGAAAAGAGUCACAGGUGGAUCACAGUUUGAUAAUAUGAAAAAGGACGACAUGGCCAACUAUUCUUCAAACCCAGUUAUGGAUUUCAAAAUCUCUCACUUCAUGAGGAAAGGUAAAGUUGGUGACUGGAAGAACCACUUCACUGUUUCCCAGAAUGAAGAGUUCGAUGUAGACUACAAGAAAAAGAUGACGGACCCCACACUUCAGUUCCGCACUGAAAUUUGAACAAGACUGGACAGGCUGUGUGUAUGCGGAGAUGGGUCCAUGACUGACUGGACAUGUGACAUUACUUUGAGAAAAUCAUGUUACUGUUGGCUCUAAUGAAGUUGUUCUCAAUAUGUUUCUGUCAUGCCCCCCUUCAGAGGUAGAAAAAGUUCAUGACCUCCCAACCAACACUUUUAGAUCAAUAAUUAACAGUAAUUUGGGAAGCAACCACUAAAACAGGAUUAGUGUUGAAUUUUAGUGAGAUAAAGUUCAGCAUGACAGCAUCUGCAAACUCUUGUUUGUUUAUUUUCCCUACAUAUUCAUUCAAAUUUGUUUGGCUCCUUUUUUCCCCCUAAUUGUCCACGGGACUACCUAAACACAUGGGGUUUCACCCGGGGGUGGUGUCUUGCAUCCUGUAUAACACAGAGUGUAGUGUGCCUGAUGUGCAUUCUCGUCAGCUCACAUUGGGUCAUCUCGUCAGUUGUUGGAUAAGCUAACAAAAUUGUAACCAUCCGGGGCCGGGUUGUGGGGGCAGCAGGCCAAGCAAAGCACCCCAGAUGUUCCUCUCCCCAGCAGCGCUUUCAAGCUCCUCCUGGGGGAACCCAAGGCAUUUCCAGGCCAGAUGAUAUAUGUAAUCCCACCAGCACGUCCAGGGUCUACCCCAGGGCCUCCUACCUGUGGGACAGGCCCGGGAACACCUCUUACAGGAGGCACCCAGGAGGCAUCCUGAUGAGAAGCCCGAAUCACCUCAACUGACCCCUUUAAGGCGAGGAAGCAGUGGCUCUACUUUUAUACUAAAUUUAUUUUCUAUCUUUGUCAGUAUAUCCCCCUGAAACCUACACACUGAACCUUUAAACCACAGGAGACCUUCGUUAUGAUUUACUGUCAAUGUAACUAUGAGAAAUGAAUUUUCAUGUGAUCAUCAAAUUAUGAAGAUUCAUGUCUCCAUUUUUGCUCCUUGUACUGCUGCAUGGAUGCAACCACAACAAAACUUCUCUGCAGAUUUUCGUUUAAUUUUUACAUGACUGCUGAUACAUUCUCAGAGUGACCAUAAUAAUGUUUGAUGGAAAAUAUAUACAACUAAACAGUGCUUAAAUACACUGACAUUAAGAUAGACUAAAUCAUGUCCAACAAAAAAGACCUACUCACAUAUAUUCUGAUCCUAAUAUAGGUUGCGAUGAUCGCAGAGGUUGCCAAAGCGUUUCCUGAUAAGUCUUGCAAAACCACACCCAUCUGAGUGAAACCCAGUGUCUUCAGGGACUCCCUGUCAUCCACGCCCCACCUGCAGUGGCUCUGUGCUCCCCCCAGGGGGGCCUGCCCCACAGCUUGAGAACCACCGCUCUUGUGAUAGCAGAGAUGUGUAUCCUCUUGUUAAUUAUCUGAAUUAAGCUUGUGAACUAGAGCCUGUUUUACAGUAUGAAGCACAAUGUUGAUCUAAUGACUGGUCAUGUCUUAAGGAGAGUAUUUCUUUCAUUACAAGUGACUGCGUUUACAGAAAAGAGAAAAAUUAACCAAUGUUAUAUUUAACCACAAGUAGUUAAAUGUAGAAAAUGUAUAGUAUCAUGUCAACUAAACACUGGUGAUACCAAA